CAUUAAAGCUCUGCAGCUAUGUUGGAUUGAUAGAGGUCGAGUUGUGGAACUAACCGCGGAAAGGCUGAUAAGAAAGGUUCCUUUGAUUCCGGAAAUGCUGAUUUGAUUGCACUAUUUAUACUCUUGGAGAGCAUGCGAGGUCUCGUUUCCAGCCAAACCAGCCUCAGCCUCCUCAAAAUAAUCUCAAAGACAAAUAACUUGAGAUUAGGAAAGUCCGUCCACGCGAAACUAAUUAUCUCCAACUUGUGUGAUAUCAUUGAAUCCAACUAUCUCAUCGAUAUUUAUGCUAAGUGUGGGCAUCUUACUUCUGCGCGCCAAGUGUUUGACCUUAUGCCUAACAGAAAUGUAGUUUCCUACAGCUCGCUAAUGGCGGGCUAUUUCCACGAUGGAUGUCCAUCAGAGGUUCUUUCUGUACUCAAAAUCAUGAGUUCUGAUGAGCUGUGGCCUCGUCCUAAUGAGUUCAUCUUUGCGACAGUUCUCGCAUCCUGUUCUGAUAUGCAAGCUUUCAAAAUGGGACAACAGUGCCAUGCUUAUGUCCUCAAAUCCGGAUUAUCGUUUCAUUCAUAUAUCAGAAAUGUGCUACUCCACAUGUACUCAACAUGUUCUGGUGUGGAAGAUGCUCUAAAAGUUUUCUACUCUAUGCCAGGAGUUGACGUCAUUUCUUUCAAUUCCAUGAUUAAUAGUUUCUUGGAGCAUGGGCGGAUAUGGGAUGCAAUGGAAGUUUUAAAUAAUAUGGUGAGUGAAAUAUGGCAGUGGGAUCAUAUCACUUACGUUGCAGUUCUAGGCCUUUGUGCUGAUUCUAAAGACUCACUUUUGGGCCGACAAGUUCAUUGCCAAAUCUUAAACAGAAGGUUUGAGUCAAAUUUAUUCGUUGGAAGCGCCAUUGUUGACAUGUAUGGAAAGAGCGGCGAUUCUUCUUCUGCUCGGUCAGCUUUUAACGAACUAUCAUGCAGAAAUGUGAUCUCAUGGACGACAAUAAUGGCCGCUUGCACUCAAAAUGCAAGCUUGGAGGAAAGCUUGAAGUUAUUUAUCAAAAUGCAAGUGGAUUGUGUUCAACCCAAUGAUUUAACUUAUACAGUAGCACUCAAUACUUGCGCAGGACUCGCAGCACUGACCAACGGUAACUCACUGAAAGCUCAUAUUGAAAAAACAGGAUAUAUGUCACACUUGAUAGUCUGCAAUGCUUUGAUUAAUAUGUAUUCUAAAAGUGGAAGCAUUGAAGAUGCUGAGGUAAUAUUUGUUGAUCUGACUUGUAAGGACACCAUAACCUGGAACUGUAUGAUCAAUGGCUACUCACAUAAUGGUCUUGGGAGAAAAGCAUUGGAGACUUUCCAUGACAUGCUUGUAAACGAAGUUUCUCCAACCUAUGUAACUUUCAUUGGUGUGUUGCUAGCUUGUGGCCAUCUGGGGUUGGUAGAUGAAGGACUCUAUUAUGUCAAUCAUUUCAUGAGAAAUUUAGGAAUUUCUCCUGGGGUGGAACACCAUACGUGCAUAGUUGGGCUCUUGUGCAGAGCAGGGCUUUUGGAUGAGGCUGAUAGAUACAUGAGAACUACACAUUCUGAAUGGGACUUAAUUUCAUGGAGAACACUCCUUAGUGCUUGCCAAACACAUAGAAAAUUUGGCCUUGGCAAGAAAGUCUCUGACUACAUCCUUCAGUUAUAUCCCAAUGAUGUGGGGACUUACAUCUUGAUCUCCAACAUGUAUGCGAAAGCAAAUAGGUGGGAUGCAGUAGUGAAAGUUAGAAGGUUAAUGAGAGAAAAAUGCAUUAAAAAGGAACCAGGGGUAAGCUGGAUACAGGUGAGGAAUGAGUUGAAUGUGUUUGCUUCAGAGGACAAUCGACAUCCAUUGAUAGAAAAGAUUCAUAAAAGGUUAGUUGAGCUAUUAGAUGAGAUAAAGGGAAUUGGUUAUGUUCCUAUCACUGAUAGUGUUCUGCAUGAUGUGGAGGAAGAACACAAGGAAGGAUACUUGAAAUUUCAUAGUGAAAAGUUGGCUAUUGUUUUUGGGCUUAUUAGCACGCCUUGGGGAGCGCCAAUCCAUGUCAUUAAAAACCUUAGAAUGUGUGAUGAUUGUCACAUUGCUAUAAAAUUGUUCUCUAAGGUUACAAAGAGGAAGAUGGUGGUCAGAGAUGUUAAUCGUUUUCAUUGCUUUCAAGAUGGGAUAUGUUCUUGCAAUGAUUACUGGUGAUAUUGCACAUUUGGUUUCUUACUUUCUUAGAAUUAGCUGCCAGAGAAUUGACUUGGCCAAGUGUCAAAAUAGAAAAUAUUGAAAAAACAAUUAAUUGUAACCAGCGUCAAUGAAUGACUGAGGGCAUCUCCAACUGAAAAUCCUAUUUUUCACUCCAAGAUAUAGUGAAACUCGAAAAAUGUUGUUAUUCAUCUCCAAUCGAACUCCAUUUUAUACGCUUCUGUGAAGUUAACCAUCUUCUCCUCUUUCACCCGUUUCUUCGGCAAAUCCAGUUGAGACAGAAAAAUCGCGUGGGUGAACAUUUUGACGCCAACAUUGGCGUUGCACUGUUCACCCUCCAUUUUAUUUGAAAAAAAGUUCUCAUUACUUAAACAUUUUUCUACUACAUAAAUUUAUAGUUUAAAAAAAUUAUACUAAAAAAUUAUUUGGAAAAGCAGUGAGAGAGCUAUUCCAAUCAAAGCCUUAGAAGGCCUCAGUGUCUACUUACAAAACCUGAAACUGACAAUUUUAAAAUGUGAUAAAAAUAUAUAAAUUUAAAAUUUAAAUUUCUUAAAUAAAUUCUUUAAAAUCAAAUUUUAAAAUGGAAGACAAAG